CUUCUGAUAACUUUCUAUUAUUAUCCAAAAAAAAAAAAUAGUAUUUGCUUAGGGUUUAUAUUUAUCUUUCUUUUCACUGUUCUCUUACCUCCAAGCUGCGUGGCAUAGUUUUGAUAAGCUCCGAUGGCAACCUCACAAGUCACUGCAUCAUUGAGGAAUUUGUCUACAUUUGAAAGGAUUCAACCCUCAACGCUUCGAUUUCCUUCUGUCGGGCACGUGAGAAUUGGCACUCUCAGGCAAAACUCGUUUCCCUCUCUCGUUGUCAAAGCUGCCACCGUUGUCGCCCCCAAGCACACCACUGUUAGCCCUCUGGGUGACAGAGUACUGGUAAAAAUUAAGGAUGCUGAGGAGAAGACUGCAGGUGGGAUUUUACUGCCAGCAACUGCUCAAAGCAAACCUCAAGGGGGUGAAGUGGUUGCUGUUGGAGAAGGAAAGUCGGUUGGGAAGAACAAAGUGGAUAUUAGUGUAAAGACUGGUGCACAAGUUAUGUAUUCAAAGUAUGCAGGGACUGAGGUGGAGUUCAAUGGUUCUAAGCAUCUUAUACUGAAGGACGAUGACAUCAUUGGUAUCCUUGAAACUGACGAGGUCAAGGAUCUUAAACCCUUGAAUGAUAGAGUCUUGAUAAAGGUUGCUGAUGCUGAGGAAAAAACUGCUGGAGGUUUGUUGCUUACGGAGGCAACCAAGGAUAAACCAUCUAUUGGAACGGUGAUAGCAGUUGGUCCGGGACCUCUGGACGAGGAAGGUAACAGAAAACCAUUGUCCAUCAUACCUGGGAAUACUGUUCUGUACUCCAAAUAUGCGGGGAAUGACUUCAAGGGCAAAGAUGAUUCUAACUACAUUGCUUUGAGGGCUUCAGAAGUCAUGGCUAUCUUGUCAUAGUAACAAAUUUUGCAACCACAAAUUUGUCUUAAUGUUGAAGGAAAUGGAUAUUUGUGCCAUGACUACAUGAAAUGUAGGUGGUUGCAACCCAGUUCCUUUAGACUAUUUGAAUUAAAAUUGCAAGGCUUGAUAUGUUAUUUAUUU